GGAAUAUUCCAGCGGGUUUGUUCGUGCGCUUUAAAAGGACGCGCGCUGAAUAAAGAUUAACGCUUCGCUCCACAACCAAACCCGAGAUUUACGCACGUCUUUUCUUGGUUUUUGUGAUUCUGGAGGUCCUAUCAGAUGUGUUGCUGUGAGCUAUAACGCAGAGGCAAACAUGAUCCUCCUGACUUCCUCCUCUGAUUUCUUCCAGUGCACCAACAAGUUCUUUCUGAGUGAACAGGCUGCAGGGAUCCAGCUCAAAGAGUUUGCACGUAAAAAUGCAGCAAAUGCACUGUCAGUUACCAACAUGGUCAUGGGCAUGGCCUCCAUUCUCAGCAGUCUUAACGGACACCAUCAUGCUGCUUGUUGGCUGGUUCUUACUGGCUACCUGCUGGAUUUGGCAGAUGGAGCAGUUGCCAGGCGACUUGAUGCCUGCUCAGCACUGGGUGAAAAACUCGAUGAUUUUGCUGAUUUCACCACCUUUGGAAUCGCCACAUCAUUGCUACUGAGGACAACGGACUUGCUGGGCGACAUCAUGUGCAUGUGUUACGUCCUGUCCGUCUUUGUGCGCCUCUGUUUCUUCUCAAGCGGGAUUCCAUUCAUGUACCGUGGUCUGCCAUGUGUCUACUCCUCUGCAAUCCUGGCCAGUGCCUCUCUGCUGUCAGGGGGCAACAUGGCUGUGCUACAGGUCAUCAAGGUGGCCAUGAUCCUCUUCAUGAUCACUGAGACUUUCUAUCCCCAUGACAGGGUCCUGGAGUCUCAGGCCUGGAAAAAAGUGGUUUAUGCUGGAGGUGUGGUCAUGGUGUUCUGCUCAUCCUUCCCUCCUGCGUGCGUCUACUACCUGCUUUGGUCUGUCUCCUACGUUUUGUUCCCGACAUCUCUUUGGAACAGAAAAGUCUAAACUCUCAUCAAAACUGUUUGGCUUUAGCCCAUUUGGUGACGUGAGGCUUUCAGACUGCUGCUGCCCCCUACUGUCCCGGAGGAUCUCAGCUGAACAUAACAACAGCACCUUGCUCUGUUUAACACUUUCUUUGAAUUGGAACCUCAAAAAACACUGGAUCAGAAAGAAAUGGAGCAAAGGAUAAGAACAUUUUAAUAUUCAAGUAGGAAUGGGCUUUUUGUGAUGUCUUAUUCUUUGCUUACAUUUUGGGUGAAGUCACUGCUUGCUUGGUUUGCUCUAAAAACUAGAAUUUUCCAUGAGGUUUUCUCUUCUGCUACAAUCAAAUUGUUACUCAUUGCAAUAAUGGCUGGAGAGCUCAUCAUACAGCAUUUUCAUAUGAUAAUUUAAAAGAACAUAUUUCUUAGGAGAUAAUGACAUAAAACUGUAAUUUUUUUCUCUGUUUUGGUUACUGUUGAGUUUGGUAACUGUAGGAAUGCUUACAGCACUUGUCAGAUUUUUAUGAGUAGAUGUUUGAGUGCUUUGCACAUGAGGCUAAAAAGGUAACAAUUAACAACAUGACUUUUUGGCAGUACUUUUUACAGAUUUAAAAUUCCACAUCUUUUAUUGUUUAUUUCUUGCAUAAGAAUGGACACUGCAGUAGGAUGUGGAAAGUGAACAUUAGUGACAUUCCAUUUUGGUUUCAGUCCAUCACAGAGAAUGAAGAUGCUGCUUCUUAUUUAUUAGGCCACUGAGAAAUAAUCUGCUAAAAAAAAAAAAAAAUCGAAUUGAAAUAAAUCUUAACUGGAAAAGGGACUGUAAGAAAAUGGGUAAUAAAGAUGGAAUUAAAAUAAGCAUAAUGGUGUGUU